CAGAAGCAGCAGUACUGCCUUGGAAGUACCAUAGUAGGUUUCCUUUUAUAAUUAUCCUUCUUGACAUAUUUAUCCUUUCUUAAGGAAGUGAAGAUGCAGAUAUUUAAGAACCCUUCUUGCACAAAAAAGCCCAAUUUCCGCUCAGUACUUAAUUAGCACUUGUUUAUGACACAGCAUCUGAUUUGAUUUUCGAAACAAAUUGCACAGUAAAGAGGCUGAUAUUUAAACUGUAUAGUAACCACAGCUCCAGCUGUGACUCAAAUCUUGUAAGCCUUCAGGGGUUGUGUUUAGGCUUAGAAAAUAGGAACUCAGGCCUGUAAUUAAAUGUCCUCUGAAAAUCAGCCUUGGUAGAGAGUGGAGAGGGUACCACUGAAUUUUAAAUUACUGACUUGUUCUCAAGAAUCAUUCUGUUGUUCUGGGCCUUGCUAGGGACUGCAGAAAUCAAAUGGAUUAAAAAUGGAAGAGUAGAUUACUAAAGGAAAAAAAAUCAGGGGUUUCAGACAAAGAGAUGAGCAAAGUAAGCUAUUUUGGCUCCCCAGUUUAUAGACAGAUGUAAUAUAUAUAAUUUUAAUAUAUGGCUAACGUAUAGAAAACAGGUUCUGUGGACACCGGAAAGACUAGAGAGAGAGUUAAGAUUGCAUACACAAUAAAAUUGCAUUUCAGAACUGUGAGUAAGGUGCUGAUGGUUGUGGAAUAAGCCGUCUGGGAUAAUGGAAGGCUCAUUUUUAAAGCAAGGCCUCAAUAAUAAACAUGAAUGUCUUGGAAAAGGAAGUAGACUAGGUUAUAUUACAAAUUAGUUACUCACCUAAAUCAAAAUGUGAAAUAUUCACAAAAUAGCAUGAUAUAAAUUAGCAGUUAGAGUGCUUUCAGAGUUACUUUUUGAGGGAAGCAAUCACUGUUGAUGCUAUUGAAAAAGAGAGCAAAAUUCCCCUAGCCGCCUGACUUCUAGUCAAGGAAAAUGCUGGAGCAGAUGCUAAGAGAAAAUACUGUGCUUAUGAAUGGUAUUGAACCAUAAGCAUAAGCAAUAUGUGCUCAUGAAAAUACAAAAAUGAGUAGGUCUUGCUGGGCAAUUAAUUGUAUUGCUGGUGGAAUUGCUUUGAAUGGAUCAUAAUCAUGGAAGAUUUUAGUGUUGAUUUAUAAAUUAAUACAGCUUCCAAACAAGACUCUGUUCUGGAUCCCAUAUAUUUUUAAGGCUGGGGGAAAGAGGGACAAUUCUAUUUUAUUUUUUAAAAUUGACAGUCCUCUUACAGUCCUGUCUGCUGUCAUUGGGAUACUGCAAUUCAGAAUAUUUUAACCAGAUGUAUUACUUUAAUUGCCUCUCUCUGCUGAAGAAUGCAUUCCUAGGGGUCGUUUACAGCGUGCCUUGGAAAACCACAGAAAUUCAGAAUUUAGGAGAUUGGCUAAACUUUUACAACCAGUCAUCAAUCUGAGAAAUUUUAAUUAAAUUAUCCUUUUCUAUUGUGCCUAUUUUGAUGUAAAUGGGGGCUCACUUGUGCAAAUAUCCCACUUGAACGGCAUAAGCAGCAGUAUGUGGGUGAUGACACACAUACUUUGUAAAUACUGGUAAAAUUUGCUUCUCUUCUGUGUAGUCUCACAUUUCUUCUUAAAUGAGAGCAGGUUUAUCAAAUGCAGAGGAGACAUACCUCUGACAAAUACAGUAUUGAGGAUGAGUGAUGGGUCUUAGUUUCUCCUAUUUUUAUGUUUCAAUUGUCAGCAUUGGAAAACAAAUUGAAUUACAGUAGCUGCUAAUCUGCCGAAAGUCCUGAUUGCUUUUGUUACAGUACUCAAGCAACUUUACUUUUGAGUUACAAAAAAAUGUCUUGGUAAGAGUUGUCUAAAUAGAAAUGCAUUGUUAUCUUUACUACUGGAAACACUUCUGUUGAAGAGUAAUCCUAUUGCUGGCAACAGAUCUGUUAAUCUACUUACAUAUUUGCAGGACCAGGGUCUUCAAAUUAAAUGGUUCAAGUCAGUGUCUUUAAAUCAAUUAUUCAGACUGCUCUGGCCUGAUGGGCUAGCAAAUGUUAAGCAGCCAGCUGAUCUGAAGAGCUUGACUGUUAUCUUUUAAUUUGUAGGUUAGGUGACAGAACCACAAACAAAUGAAGUAAUUUUUCACAAUUUAUUGUGAAUGCAAUUUGAUUCUAACAUCACAACAAUUUGUUGUGUGAACUUGGGUAUAUGUGGGACUGGUAUUCAGGUCUCUCUACUUGUGACACUGAUUUCAAAUGAUUGUUAUUUCUGCUUAUGAGGACUUUUUUUUUUUUUUUUCUUCGAUAGAUAUUGGGCUGUGCUACUUUGAAUAAAGAAACUGAAGUUUUUGAGCCAGCAGUAAAAUAUGUAUUUCUGUAGUGUUCUUGCUAGAUAUGCAGCACUUCAUAUAGUUUCUUCCUCUUCCAAAGCACAUAGAAAUGUGAAGAGCUCCUCUCAGCAAAUCUGUGAGCCCCGAAUACACAUGCCAAAAGAUGGAUUUCAACUUAUAUCUUCUGGAUACCAAGCAUGGCUAAAGCAGUGCUCUAUGCCCAGAUCUCUGUGGCUGGGCUGCUCCAGCCUGGCGGACAGCAUGCCCUCGCUGCGAUGCCUGUAUAACCCAGGGACUGGCGCACUCCCAGCUUUCCAGAAUUCCUCUGAGAGAGAAGACUGUAAUAAUGAUGAGCCCCCUAGGAAGAUCAUUCCUGAGAAGAAUUCACUUAGACAGACCUACAACAGCUGUGCCAGACUGUGCUUAAACCAGGAAACAGUAUGUCUAGGAAGCACUGCUAUGAAGACUGAAAAUUGUGUGGCCAAAACAAAACUUGCCAAUGGCACUUCCAGUAUGAUUGUGCCCAAGCAAAGAAAACUGUCUGCAAGCUAUGAGAAGGAGAAGGAGCUCUGCGUCAAGUACUUUGAACAGUGGUCCGAGUCUGACCAGGUGGAGUUUGUGGAGCACCUCAUCUCCCAGAUGUGUCACUACCAGCACGGACACAUAAACUCAUACCUCAAACCCAUGUUACAGCGGGACUUCAUCACUGCACUGCCAGCUCGGGGAUUGGAUCACAUUGCUGAGAACAUUCUGUCAUACCUGGAUGCCAAAUCUUUGUGUGCUGCUGAGCUGGUGUGCAAGGAGUGGUACCGGGUGACGUCGGAUGGGAUGCUGUGGAAGAAGCUCAUUGAGAGAAUGGUCAGGACAGACUCCCUGUGGAGGGGUUUGUCAGAGAGGAGAGGAUGGGGGCAAUAUCUAUUUAAAAAUAAACCUCCUGAUGGAACUGCGCCACCCAACUCCUUCUACAGAGCACUUUACCCCAAAAUUAUACAGGACAUAGAGACAAUAGAGUCGAACUGGCGGUGUGGAAGGCACAGUUUACAGAGGAUCCACUGCCGAAGUGAGACAAGCAAAGGGGUUUAUUGUUUACAGUAUGAUGAUCAGAAGAUAGUAAGCGGCCUACGAGACAAUACUAUUAAGAUCUGGGAUAAGAAUACGUUGGAAUGCAAGCGAAUUCUCACCGGCCACACGGGUUCUGUCCUGUGCCUCCAGUAUGAUGAACGGGUGAUCAUUACUGGAUCUUCAGACUCAACAGUCAGAGUGUGGGACGUGAACGCGGGCGAGAUGCUGAAUACCCUGAUCCACCACUGCGAGGCCGUGUUGCACCUCCGCUUCAACAACGGCAUGAUGGUGACGUGUUCCAAGGACCGCUCCAUCGCCGUCUGGGACAUGGCCUCCCCAACAGACAUCACCCUGAGGAGGGUGCUCGUAGGGCACCGAGCUGCCGUCAACGUAGUGGACUUUGAUGACAAGUACAUUGUAUCGGCAUCAGGUGACAGAACUAUAAAGGUAUGGAACACUAGUACCUGCGAAUUUGUGCGCACCUUAAAUGGCCACAAACGAGGCAUUGCAUGUCUGCAGUACAGAGACAGGCUAGUAGUGAGCGGCUCUUCAGAUAAUACCAUCAGGCUGUGGGAUAUAGAGUGUGGGGCAUGUUUACGAGUACUGGAAGGCCAUGAAGAGUUGGUGAGAUGCAUACGCUUUGAUAACAAGAGGAUAGUCAGUGGGGCAUAUGAUGGGAAAAUUAAAGUAUGGGAUCUUGUGGCUGCUUUGGAUCCCCGUGCUCCAGCAGGGACCCUCUGCUUGCGAACCCUUGUGGAGCAUUCUGGAAGAGUCUUUCGACUUCAGUUUGAUGAGUUCCAGAUCGUCAGCAGCUCACAUGAUGACACCAUCCUCAUCUGGGAUUUCCUGAAUGACCCAGCUGCCCAGGCAGAAUCCACUCGUUCCCCGUCCAGAACAUACACUUACAUCUCCAGAUAAAUAACACUACACCGUACCUCACACUCGCACAGGACUCAUUUAAGCUGCAGUAUUUAAAUGCCAGGACAAAAGAACUAUCCACGUAACCAAUACAUGCUGAAGAGAGAGGCUCUCAGACUUGUUUCUGGAACAAAGUUGGCAUGCGGUUGAUCUCAGACAGGGUCUACUCAGCGCGGCUGACUGCUAAAGUGCUGCUAUAUCAGAAGAUGACUUUUAUCUUUCAUGAACAAAUAACAUUUUUAAACCUUCCCAUCCCUUUCUUCCCUCAUUCCCCUCUUCAUGUUCACUCUUCCCUUUACUCCACUUGAUUCCCCUCCAAGCCCAGUCACCAAUGUCCUAUGAAUAUAUUUAAGAUGUCGCCAGAAUGUGUUGCUUUGCUGUUAAGCAGAAGACUUACAGCCACAGUGCAUCCUGCUGAGAGUCACUUCAGGGUG